UGCUAGUUGAGCUUUAAUAGGGUGGGGAGUAAUGGAAAACUCAUUGGAUCUGUAAUAGCUCUUCACUUGACUGCAGCCAGCAAUAACAGCAGGAGCAGCCAGAGAUAAGAGAAGGAGUGUGUGUGUGUGUGUGUGUGUGUGCGCACAAGAGAGAGAAAGGGGAGAGAGGGAGUGAGAGAUAGGAAUACGCGCACCAAAGCUGCCACUUCCCUCCCCCCCUCACUCUUUUCCCCCCACAUCCUAGGAUCCAAUGAUAGCUGGACAAGUCAGUAAGCCCUUGCUGUCACUGCGGAGUGAAAUGAAUGCAGAGUUGAGAGGUGAGGACAAGGCAGCUGCUUCAGACAACGAGCUGAAUGAGCCCCUGCUUGCGCCUGUGGAAUCAAAUGACAAGGAGGACGCUCCCAGCAAGCUCUUCGGAGCCAGAGGAAAUACAGCACUGUCUGAUACAAGCACAUCUGAUCAGCACCAACCCAGUCAAUCCCAUCCAGCCUUCCCUGUCGGGCCCCAGCCACUACUGACGGCGCAGCAGCUAGCCUCAGCUGUAGCAGGGGUGAUGCCAGGAGGCACGCCAGCACUGAAUCAACCUAUCCUUAUUCCUUUCAACAUGGCGGGUCAGUUGGGGGGCCAGCAAGGACUGGUCUUGACUUUGCCUACCGCUAAUCUCACCAACAUCCAAGGGCUGGUGGCCGCAGCUGCAGCAGGAGGCAUCAUGACUUUGCCGUUGCAAAAUCUACAAGCUACCUCAUCCCUGAAUUCCCAGCUUCAGCAGCUUCAACAGCUUCAACAUCUCCAGCAGCAGCAGCAGCAACAACAACAAGGCCAAACUAGCCAGCAGCCACAGGGACAAGCCAGCCAGCCACAACAUCAAUCUCAGCCACAGCCACAGACGCAGCAGCCGCAGCAGCCACAGCCCCCGCCUCCACCACAGACGCAGCAAACACAAAGUCAGAGUCAGCCGCCACCAGCUCAGCAGUCUUCAAGCUCUCCUCAAAAGCCCAACCAGUCACCAGGGCAUGGCCUUCCCUCACCUCUCACGUCACCAAACUCACUCCAGCUGGUUAAUAAUCCUCUAGCAAGCCAAGCAGCGGCAGCAGCGGCAGCCGCCGCCAUGGGCUCCAUAGCCAGCUCGCAGGCCUUUGGCAAUGCACUCUCCGGUCUACAGGGGGUCACAGGUCAACUAGUCACUAAUGCACAAGGACAGAUCAUUGGAACAAUCCCACUGUUGCCUAAUCCAGUCUCAUCUAACCAGUCAGCCGGAGGAGCUCAGGGUCUUCAAGUGCAGCCAAUCACGCCACAAUUACUGACCAAUGCCCAGGGGCAAAUCAUUGCCACAGUCAUUGGGAACCAGAUCUUGCCAGUGAUCAACACCCAGGGAAUCACACUUUCGCCACUCAAACCAGGCCAACAGCUCCACCAGCCACCCCAGACGCAGGUGGGGCAAGCAGCAUCCCAGUCCAAUCUGCUACAUUUAGCUCACAGUCAAGCAUCUAUGUCUCAGAGCCCCGUGCGGCAGGCUUCCUCUUCCUCUUCUUCCUCCUCCUCAUCUUCAGCUUUGAGUGUUGGCCAGUUAGUCAGCAAUCCCCAGACAGCCUCCAGCGAGGUGGACGGGGUGAACCUUGAGGAAAUCCGAGAAUUUGCCAAAGCUUUUAAAAUCCGACGCCUGUCACUUGGUCUCACCCAGACGCAAGUUGGUCAAGCUCUAAGUGCCACAGAAGGUCCAGCCUACAGCCAGUCUGCCAUCUGCAGACACACCAUCCUGAGAAGCCACUUUUUUCUACCACAGGAAGCCCAAGAGAACACUAUAGCUAGCAGUCUGACAGCCAAACUGAACCCUGGCCUUUUGUAUCCUGCCAGGUUUGAAAAGCUGGACAUCACCCCUAAAAGUGCCCAGAAGAUAAAGCCGGUGCUUGAACGAUGGAUGGCUGAGGCUGAGGCCCGCCAUCGGGCAGGUAUGCAGAAUCUUACUGAAUUUAUUGGAAGUGAACCAUCCAAAAAGCGCAAGAGGCGGACCUCAUUCACGCCGCAGGCUCUUGAGAUCUUGAAUGCCCAUUUUGAGAAGAACACGCAUCCCUCUGGGCAGGAAAUGACGGAAAUUGCAGAGAAACUGAACUAUGACCGGGAAGUAGUUAGAGUCUGGUUCUGCAACAAGAGGCAAGCACUGAAGAACACAAUUAAACGCCUAAAACAGCACGAGCCUGCGACGGCAGCCCCAAUGGAGCCCUUAACAGACUCUCUGGAAGAAAACUCUUAAAUUGAUAGAUUUAAAGGAAGAACACACACGAACAAAUAAAACUUUAAACAUUUGAACUCUGUAAAGAUGCUCUUUCACCAUCCUUGUAAGUAAAAGACUCAGAAAACUACAAGAUGGACAGAACAAUUUAUAAAUGUCUGUGGGUUUUCCUAGAUAAAAACAAACAGAAAAAAAUACAAAAAAAAUUACACAGCACUUAGUGUGUGUGUGUAUGUGGUAGAACUAGUUCCAAAAUAAGCCAGUGUUUUUUUUUAAAUGGACUUUAAAGUAAACCAAAUAACUGCUUACUUUUUCCUGUAUAUUAUGAAAAUGUGAACAUGUUUUAUGGAAAAAGAACCCAACUACAACAGCAAACCUUUAACUGUUUUUAAAGGAGAGAGAGUACAAGCCUGCCACCUGGAGGAGUGAUUGUAGCCUUUCAGGUAUCAAGUGCUUCUUCACUAUGAAAACUAUUAACCAAAGUCAGAAACAUGGCAUUGAAAACUAGAUUGUUAGUCUACUCUUUUAUGAGCGCUACAUUGUGUUAUGAAUUUUUACAUUUGUACUUUGCAAAAAGAGGAAAAUAAUAAUAAUACAGGACUCUCUUUUCCCCCUGCAUCCUCUCUCACAUGUUCAGCACAUGAGUAUGCUACACUUGGUUUGAGCUACAAUUCUCAACCCUCUUGUUUGGCAUACACAGUUUUGUGAUCUCCAAAUGUUUGUGUGCCAAAAUGACUGUUUCUCUAAACGGUGAGGUUUGCUUACUUUAUUUUUUUAACCGAAGAUCUUAUUUAUUUGCAGUUUUGAUUCAAAUUUGGUUGACACUUUGUUUUGGCUGCCUUCUCCAUCCCAACACCAUUUAAAUUUCUUGUGUGAAGACGUGGACUUUUUAAAUUAUGCAGUGUAAUGAUGACAUUAUAAGGACAUAUUGAGCAACUUGAACUUUCGCUUACAGUAUACAACUUGCCACUUACGCUGUCCUUUGGCCACGAACUAGGAGAGGUUACCAAAGCUACUUUUGUAAUAUAAAUAUAAAAUGCACACGUGGUCCAAUAUACUGCAUCAUUGUUUAUGGUCCUAUCUAUAUGAAGCAAUUUCUCUCCAAAGUCUGAUAGCCAAAGAACUUUCUUGGGAUUCUAUUGAAAAGCAAGCUGAUGGCAAAUGUAAGAACAGAACGAGGAUUUCCCCCCUCAAACUGCUGCAUCUCUAACUUUCGUUUUACUGUUUCCACUUUCACUGUUUGUUUGUUUGUUUGUUUGUUUGUUUGUUUAUUCCUGCAUUGCAGGGGAUUCGACUAGAUGACCCUCAAAGUCUCUUCCAACUCUACAAUUCUAUUAUUCUGUUAUUCUGUUCUUCCCCCCUCUGGCAAGUGCUACUUUCAGAACUGUGCACAGACACAGAAGGGAUUAUGUGAAUGCCAGAUUUGACUGAAUUACUUAAUAUGACUUGUUACCUAAUUUUUGAACUGGGACCCGGAAGCAGAAAUCACUGGCACGUAUCUUGGCUGUCAUCCAAAACUUCAUGGCCAUUCAGUCAAAAGGGUACAUAAAGCCAGAGCAACAAAGUUCAUAUCCCAACAUCCCCAUAAUAUUUGGAUUCAGGGUCCUUGACAGAAAUCUGUGUUACAUCCUGCUCCAGGCUUCUCAAAAUGCAUUAGAAUCUGUCAUUUCAUUGUACAAUACUUCUCCACCUCUCCAUGGUGUAAAUCUGAACUUACUCAUCUUUUUUGACACAACUCAUCAUGUGCGACUGAGAGUCAAAUCAUCCACAGAAUCUGUAGCCUUAAAGGUCCCACCUCCCUUACAGGUUCUUCCCUCUCGCACUGGAAAGUAAGAGGAGAUGGUUAAAUGGCUGGUCUAAAGCAGGCGGGAUGCAACAUAGGCAGCUUCACCUGUUUCAACGGGCUUUGGAUCCAGUUCUCAGUUUUCAGAUUGUCACCAGGGGCAUAAUCCAUGCUCCAUUUCAAUUGAGCUUGCACAGCAGAAUUAUCUGUUGGUUUGUGUUUCCAAGCACUGCAUGCCAGGAAAAUGGUCAGUGGCCAAGCAAAUGCUGACUGCAUUCAUAAGAAGGCCGCUAUGAGCACGUCACAAAAUAUUUCCUUGCCUUGGAAAAAGUGAUCAUAUGAUCUGAAUGAACAUUUGCCCUCCAAAUUAGAAAUAGUUGGCUAAAGCCCUUAUGAAAACUAUGUAAGCAUACUCUUCAUACAGAAGAAAUUAACAGUGUGCAGACAGAAAAAAAUAAUGUAUACUGAGGUUAGAUGUAAUUAAUAAAGCAAAGAGGACUCUAAUUCCAAGCUCUGAACAAGUCAGAGGCAAGAAAUGGUGAUUCAGGAUGGGCAUGUACAAAAUAUUCACAAAGCCUGUGUGUUUUAGGUUUUUAUUUUGUUUGUUUGUUUUUGGCAGAGAGUAGAUUUCUGCUCAUGUUAGCAAUGUGAUCAUAGGACUGACUAUUUCUCCUGCCUAUGUACACCUAUAGUUCAACUGCGAGCCUUAUAGGCUGAGGUCUGAACUUGCUCUACAGCAAAGGGUGUGCCUCUUCGUAAUCGAAAUCAUGAAUUUAAAUCCUACUGCAGUAGGUAAGAAUGAUUAAAUUUCUGGAUUGGCCAUGGGUUGGAAAAAGUCCCAUGUCAAGUCUGGAUUUUAGUACAGGUGUUCACAUCCAUCAUCUGGCCCUGAUAAUCAAUAACUGCCAAAAUUCAGUUUUAACAACAGCAGCUUAAUUUAAAACAACAACAACAAAGCUUGCCAUCUGCACCCUAGUUAUGAUGAACGUGAAAUUAAAACUGUCAGGAGUAUCAGGAGACCAGCCACAAAUUAUCUAGAAAACCGUCAAGAGCUUGUAGAACUUUGAAAGCCCAUCUCCUAGUGCUCUGCCCGUCUCCCCCAGUCAUUCCUUUUUCCAUUCUCAAAUAUCAGCAAAACCAGAGCCUUGCUCCUGGAAGCAAAAAUAUACUAGCCAUUUGCUGCUUAAAAAAUUAGAUGUCAGAUUCUCCAUGGAACAGUUAAAAAGUCUGCAAUGGAACGGGGGGGGGGGGGAUGAAAUUUCCAGGAAGCAACAUUAACCAAAGACUGUAUAAAACACUUAAAACCAUCACAGCAACAGUUAGACAGAAACUAUUUCCUUUCUAAACUUCACACUGAAAUUGUGUAAGUUAGGACAGUGAUAAUAUAAAAUGAAAUAAAUUGCCAUCAUGAAACAAGUUUUUUUGAUUUUCAUCUUUGUACUCGUGGAACCAUUAACAUGUCAUAAUGUUCUCUUUUUAAUAGUUUUUUCUGGUUGUUAUCACUUAUUUUUACAAGGGAAAGUGUUAGGUUCGUUUUUAACAAUCAGUUUUUUCGCUCGGAGGCAUAACGGAGUGCCUGAACAAAUUCUUAUAUGUAUAUGUAAUUCAUAAAGGCUGCAGGUAUCGGGAGAUUUUUUUUUCCUCUCCCCAAACAAUAGUUAUUAUUUCUAUUUGUAAAUCUGUUCUGGGCUCCAAAGAGCCCUGUACACACACCUAGAACAUUCCCAUACGCGUACCAGGGUUCUGUCAACUUCCCUUUUAACCACAGCCCCUUAUGCUGCUUUGGAAACAUCCCCCAAACCCUCAAGAGUGGUUUCCAGGGCGCUUGAGGAGCUGCAGGAAGAAAGCUUUUCCAUGAGCAGCUCAUGGGAUCCUGCUCAAAUUAUAUACACAGCAAUUAUAUACGAAGCCACCUUUGGGCAGUGACGAAAAUAUAGCACACUAGCAAAUAGUGGAGGAAAAAACAAGCCCAUUUCUUACUGGAGAUAACGGCUUCAUUAAGAUGUAAUGCUAAACCAUGGUUUUCUAUUACAGUAAUGAUUCUAAUCUCUCUCAAAGCUGGCAAACCACUCUCUCUCUCUCUCUCUCUCUCUCUCUCUCUUUCACACACACAUACACACUCUUCCUCAAGUGUGUCCGGGAGGAGACAGGAAGCUUCCACUUUUGUUUUGGAAUUACUGCAGUCUAGUUUGUCAUCCAAAUCCUAAACUGUGGUUCUUCUGAACUGUGCUAAGUGAAAACAAGCCAAAUUCAUAAAUUGUGGUUUGAAGCAGGCUUGUUUCCAUUCGGAUUAACUGCAGCAUGUCUGGGAUCAAAUGGCAAGGCAAUCUGCAAUCCAUCGACAAUGAAAACGGAAGCUGCCAGCUCCUGCUCACGACUGCUGGGCUGCUUCUCGUAAUGCGAUGUAUUAGUAGUAGUGCGUCCAAGCCAGGCCAGAGGCAUGUCAGGUUUACCUUCCCUGAGGAGAGAAGUAAGUUUUGCGUAGGGAAUUAGCAGGAGUUACUGAGCUGAUUUUUGUUCUUUAUUUCUGGAUCCAUCUUUUCCCACUAAAGCCUAAGGUUUGCUGCCCUAAAAAAAAUUUUUUUUUUUUGCUGGGACACAGUCACUCGCUGGAACAGCUCCUUGCUACAAACCACUACAUUAUCUCAGAGUCACAAAGGCGUUAAUUUGGUGUGUGAAACAGAUCUGAUGCCGGAAAUGUUGAGGCUUGGAGUGUACAGAUCAGAAAAAGAGACCAAGUCCAUUCCGAAGUUUUCAGUUUAUGUUCUAAUCACGCAAACGAUGAAGUAAACAGACCAAGAAAGCAAAAAGGAGCUAAGAAGGAACAAGUAGAGGCGUGUCAAAGUACUCAAGCUAUAACCAAAAAGAAAUAUGUAUAAUGCCUUUGCUCGUCUUCUCAAUGCUGGACCAAAGCUCAAUGUUUGUAGGUAUAUGCACAUUGUAUAGAUAUGGCUAAAUGUUGCUGACAAUCUUGCAAUACUAAACUGUUACUAUUUUAAGAAAAGAAAAGAAAAAGAAUACAGAAAGAAACUGUUCAUCAGUGUUUUACCUCAGCACUCUACUUGUACCCAGCUCAUGAGCAACACUGAAUUAAGGAAUUAAAAAAUAUAAAAAAAGGAAAUUAAUUUCCAUGUAAAUGUUUGACUGUAAAAAAAAAAAAUUGUUUCAGUAAUAUUUUGUACUGAGCUUUUUGUCAUGUAGUUUGCUUGUUUCCGACUUGAGAUUAUGUGGGGCACAUUUGUUUAUUUAUUGUUGAGAAAGUGGUUUUUUUUUAAGAUUUUAAUUUUAUAUAUAUAAAUAUAUAUUUUGGUCCUAUGUGCUGUCGGGUGCAGUUCAUAAGUUCUGUUCUUGCACGUCCUCCAUUCAUUCCACUGGAGUGGAAGCAUGGCUCCAGCGCGUGCUCCAUGGAAGUGAAUGGGGGCUGGGCGGCAGCGGGGCUUAACGUCUUGCACUCAUAAUCUACAGGAUGGUCACCAGGGUCACUUACGAGGCACUACAAAGGAGACCUGCUUUUCCGUGCAUGGCACUCACAGCAGGAAAGGUGGCAGAGAAUGACAUGGACUGUGUUGUGUUCUUCAUUUCUUUUUCUUUUUUAAAAAGAAAAAAAAAAUCAAAGGAAUCAAUGUGGAGGACUUGUGACCAAGAAGCCAAACUGGUUAUUUCAAGUUCCUUACUGUUCUGACUUUGAAACCAAAGCUGAAUUAUCUAUCUGCACAGGUUGCUUAACAUUUAAAAAAAAAAUUUAAAAACUGACAAAAACUGUACUUAAACUAGAGCAAUAUCUGUAUGGUCAGUAAAGCUGCACUUUGUGUAUUUCUUAACAGCUUCAGAUCUGUCACUUUUAAU